ACCUAUUUUGCUAGGCGAACUCAGGGUGACUCUCCUGUGUGUUAUUUUCUCACCUAAUAAUAUAACAUCUACAAUAGUAGAUCACUUUCUUUCAUAGAGUUUGGAUCGCGAACGCAUCUCCUAUGAUGAUCCUGUACAGACGACUGUGGAAGAACCUGGUUGUGAAAGAUUUUUAGUCUACAAUUACGAGGUGCGAAGUCUCUCCUUUUUUCGGACUUUACUAGGAACAUUGCGGUAUUUUCUCAAUAGGCUACAAGCUGAACAUAUGCCUUAUCACUUCAAUCCCACCGUAAUCAUACAUUCUAUGUCUUGUUUUUCUACUGAUGUGAUACCUGCUCAUCUGAAUAUUCCAAUAGCGGCAAUUUAUUUUGGAAAUAUUCAGGGUGGUGUGCUUAUUAGUCAUUGGGAGGUUUCGUACAGAGACAAAGCUGAGGCGGAUGAGAGAUGGAAAAGUAAAAUCAGUGCGGAUUUUAUGUAUGACCAAACUGACAUCAUUAGUCUCAAGUUUGAAAAUCCUGGAGAGUCAAGUCAAGUUGAACUACAUCCGCCGCAUAAUUGUGGAUAA